AUGGUGGGCACCGAAGAGACGGAGCGAAAGCGAGAGGAGGUGCGUUGGGCCCGCUGCCCAGUGGCGGCUGUGAGUGCCCCUGAGCCCGUCGUUGACGGCAGUGCCCUCGGUCCGUCCUCGCUCUUCCCACGACCGGCGACCGAGGCCGCGGCGAUGACGCCGGCUCAGGGCCUUGUGGUCUUUGAGGACGUGGCCAUAUAUUUCUCCCAGGAGGAGUGGGGACUUCUUGAUGAGGCUCAGAGACUCCUGUACUAUCAAGUGAUGGUGCAGAACAUUGCACUUCUGUCCUCCGUAGGUUGUCAGCAUACCACCCAGGAUGAGGUGGCCCUUUCAGAGCAGCAUGAUGUGGCUCCAUGGUCACAGGUCAAGACUCCACAGCCAGGCCUAUGCAUCCAGAAGCCUCACCCCUGUAAGAUGUGUGGCCCACUCUUGAAAGACACUUUGUUCCUGGCUGGGCACAGUGGGACACAGCCUGAGCAGGAAGUGUCUGCAUGUGGGGAGAGUCCUUCCCAGCAUCCAAAGGAACCACGUCAAAGGAGACCCCUUAGAUGGGGUGAGGGGAAGACUUUCUGUGUGAAGAACGACAGUGUUCACGUGACAGAUCAGACCUGGCCAUGUCAGGUGAGAGGGCAGGAGUUCCUAGCCCAAUCCAGCAUUCUCCAGCACCAGGCUCCUCACAUGGAAGGGAAACCACACAGUGACAUGGAGGGCAGGGCAGCCUCUGAAAGUGGACAGAAUGAUGACAAGUGCAGUGAAUGUGGGAAGACCUUUAGCCAAGAACACACAAUUGUUGAGCAUCAGAGAGUUCACACAGGAGAAAAGCCAUAUAAAUGCAGCGAAUGUGGGAAAUUCUUUAGGUACAGCUUCACGCUCAAAAGACAUCAGGGAGUUCACAUUGGAGAAAAACCAUAUGAGUGCAGUGUGUGCAAGAAAUUUUUUGUAGACAGCUCCAGGCUCAUUAUUCAUCAGAGAGUUCACACUCGGGGAAGGCGUUUUGAAUGCAGCAAAUGUGGGAAAUUCUUUAGGUACCGCUUCACACUUGAGAGGCAUCAGAAAGCGCACAUUGGAGAAAGGCCUUAUGAGUGCAGCUUAUGUGGGAAACUCUUUAGGCAUAACUCAAAUCACAUCAGGCAUCGGAGAAAUCACACUGGAGAAAGACCUUAUGAGUGCAGUGUAUGUGGUAGACUCUUCAGUCAAAACUCCCACCUCAUUCGGCACCAAAACGUCCACACCAGAGAAAAAUCUUAUGAAUGUAGCAAAUGCGGGAAAUUCUUUAUGGACAGCUCCACCCUCAUUAUUCAUCAGAGAGUCCACACUGGAGAAAAUCCUUAUGAGUGCAGAGAAUGUGGGAAAGUCUUUAGGUACAACUCCAGCCUCAUUAAACAUCGGAGAGUUCACACUGGGGAAAGGCCUUAUGAAUGUGUCAGCUGUGGGAGAGGCUUUAGCCAAAACUCCCACCUCCUUCGACACCAAGAAGUUCACACUAAAGAGUAUUGCAAAUAG